AUGGCUGUUGAUAGAUUUGGUAGCUAUAUUGAUAUUUUACCCAUUUUGCGAUAUCCUGUAAUCGAAAAGAAUAUCCUUCUUCCUGACACGCUUUAUGUAGUUUUUUUGCAUUGGGAUGAAAACCAGGUAUAUUAUAAAACAGAAGUCUACAGACUAUACGGAGCUCAUCAUCAGGAUCUAUCACAAUUUGCG